UUUCUAUGUACAAUAAGCUUAUAAACUCGCGAAUUUAUGUUACAUUUUCGGGUGUUUCGCAUACGAAAAAUCUUAAACUUACAUCGGUAUAACCUGUAGGCGAGUAACACUCCAAAAGACGCUCACGGUGACGGUGACGGUGACGGUGCCGGUGCCGGAGCCCAACUCAUACGCAAAUUGAAUUCCUUUAGGACCACUAGAACCUCUCAUAAGUCAUACGCAAAGUCGUCACUCAUACGCUGAUUCCAAAGCUCGAAUUGCAGAAGCUCGUUCCAGGUGGAAGUUGAUAGACUGUGUAGCUAUUAGAUUGGAAUUGCAAUUUCGGUUAUGGCUGAAUAUUCCAAGGAUGAGUUGCUUCAGCUUUUCAAGCGCAUCAGUGCUUAUGUUAGUGUAAAGAUGUCAAACUUAUUCACCAUCGCCUCCCUGAAACUAGAUGCAUUUUCUGUUGGUGCUCUUGCUGGACUUGCUAUUGCUGUAGUUUUUACCUGGAAAAUAUUUCCGAGUUCCCCACAAAGAAGGCAACCGAAGAGGCAACCUUCAAGAGCUAGUAGCUCUGGUGUUAAUAUGCAGACAGCAACAGUAGAAUCUUCUGGGGCUUCUGCAUCAUCAGAUGAUUCGAGGGCACAACAUGUGGUCGAUGAUUUCUUUCAGCCUGUGAAGCCAACAUUGGCACAAGUUGUGAGGCAGAAAUUGUGUGAAGGGAGAAAGGUAACCUGCUGCUUGCUUGGUGUUGUACUUGAAGAAACUAGUCCGGAAGAGCUUCAGAAGAAAGCAACAGUUAGAUCCUCCGUAUUGGAAGUGUUGUUGGAGAUUACAAAAUUUUGUGACCUAUAUCUCAUGGAGAGAGUUCUUGAUGAUGAAAGCGAAAAAAAAGUUCUUUCGGCUUUGGAGGAAGCAGGAAUUUUCACAUUCGGAGGUUUAGUCAAAGACAAGGUUCUGUUUUGUAGUUCAGAGCAUGGGCGUACAUCAUUUGUACGGCAACUGGAGCCGGACUGGCAUAUUGACUCAAAUCCUGAAAUAAUCUCUCAGUUGGCGAGGUUUAUCAAAUAUCAGCUUCAUAUUUUUCCAAGCAGACCUGAACGACUGGCAUCUAAUGUGUUCAGUUCUACAUCUAUGGAACAUUUCUUUGGAUGUGUGUAAUAUUUUGAAGACUAGUAUGUGCAAAUGCUUUGUCAAGAAUUAUUUGUGGAGGGCAAGAUUUUUCUUUAAUUUGUUUGGUUUCAGUUAUCAUCUGAAAUCUAACAACGGAUAUAAAGAUCUGUUAUUGGCCAUAGUGUAAUAUUAAGAUUGCUGAAUUAAUGUUUGUAGUCCAAUGUUGAAAAGAUCGGCACAGUGUGUACAUUAGUGGUACCUUGUAUGACUUUGAUUUUUUUUACUGUGUGUAUUGGUGUAAGCUGAUGAAUUAGCUUUUAGCUGGAUUAUGGCUAGAUUUCGUGAUCCAAUGUUAUGUUGACUAAUGAACAAUUCUUCUUUUCUAGAAGGAAUUCACUGGUGACUAAUAAAAUGAGACUCCGAUCAGGGUCUGGAACAGCUCA